AUGGACUAUACGACGGUGUGCGAUUUCUUCGGAGGCUCCAUCUUCCACGAUGACCUCCGUGGAAAUUUCGUCGAGACACAGCAACGAAUAGACCAGUUGAUCUCCGCGAUCGACCAUCAGUCAGAUGACGAGAAGAAUGCAUCUUUCUUGUUACAAGCCGUCCAGUUCGUGAUGCAAGGAAAUCACAAAACCGCGCAGGCGUGGCUCGACAAGAUCGGCGAGGUUCCGGAAACAUCUCCACGAUGGCGCUUUAGGAAGUCGAGUUACCAGAUUCUGAACAUCGCCAUGGCCCGCUCUCCCGCUAUCGGAUGGCCGGUGCAUUUGAUGGAGUUCCCCGUCAAUGAUAUCUGGAAUCCUAAGCCGUACCCCGCCAGCGACGUGAAAAACGCCAUCAUCGCUUCAAGGGAUCUUCAACAGCACGCUUCACCUGUCGACUUGUUUGAAAGGGACUUGUUUGCGUACGUAUUCGGAGUUUCACAUCUGGCGUUCCGAGCACAUGAGUACCAGACCACAACGGGAGGUGGUAAUGAGGUAUGCGAAGCCUUGGGGGAAUUAAACGACGCCAAAAUUAUAUUGGAGGGUGAGCAACUCAGCUUUCUAAGCUUGCGAGGUAGAGCGCUGGAUUUGCAGCUCACAGCAACGGAGACUUUCCUACAGAGGUUUAUGCUGGAGGCAAACAAGGCCCUACCGUCUCUGGACAAGGGUGCAUUUGCCCGUCGGCUGCGAGGAUUGCGGGAAACUUGCGAAGCACGGCACGAUGACCUAGGAGUCGCACAAUGUGUGAUGGCGAUAGGCGACAGUUUGGUCUCCGGGCAACAUACCUCCCCAUUGUUUUUGAAUAUGCAGAUCGGAGACAGGCUGGACGAAGUCACUGUACGGACCGCAGAGGCACUGUAUCUUGAACCACUGCUCACUGCUGGUUCUCCCUGCCUACCAGACGACGGUGGUGUAGUUGAAAGUGAUCUCGAGGAACAGUUGCCCGACAUUCCGCAGCACCCUACGCUCACUGGUUCUGGAUUUCCAGAAAUUGCCAGUUUAGAUCAGAUCAAGGAAGCCUGGAAAGCCUACAGUCGCGCAGAGUCCAUCUAUCAGCGAGCCGGCCACUCUCGAGGUCUCGGUGCGAUCAAGCUCCGUCGAGCGUGCCUACUGAUGAUCGUUCGGUCCAACUCGGGAGUCAUGUGGGCGAACAAGAGAUAUACAAACGAUUUGGAGCGGCACAUCACAGAGCUACUCCGAGAGGCAGCACAGCUUUUCUCCUCAAAUGCUGAUAUCAUACACGAAAAGUUGGUCCAGGUUCACCUCCUUAUUUUAGAGCAGCUAUCAACGGAGUCUGCUGAGCAAGCUCGAGAGACGGGAGCUUCGGCAGAGGACAACGAUGCAACGAUGCUCCAGUGGUAUUUAGCUACCUUUGCCCAACGGCUCGGAGACUACUACCGAUACUUCUGUGGCUCCAGCUUGGGAAUGCAUUGCUAUGAAAUCGCUCGACUUCUCUGCAUUCGAGCUCCCACGCUCAACUUUACCUGGCUUCAGAGCCUCGAUUCUCUCACGGAAUUCUCCCUGGCUUUUGGUUUCAGUCAAGUGGCAAAGGCGUCGAUAGCGACGAUGCAAGAAAGUCUAGACAAUAUCUUGGGAAGGCUAAGGGCAACCCAGCGCGUCAAUGCCGACGAUGUAGGUGUUUGCCGUUGCUGUAAGAACCUCCGUUGGUAUCUCGUUCACAGGCUAGUACGCCGGGUCCUCUCAACCUAUACUACGAUGGGCCUCUUUACGAAAGAGGUUGCAAACUCGGUCAAGACUCUUUUGGAGAAGCUGGACGACAUUCCAGAGGACCUCUUUACAACAAUUGAUCUAGAUACGAAAGACCUUGUCGAGAUCUACGCUGAACGGGCACGGUGCUCGCAUCUAAUGGAGGAUGGUAAUCACUCGUCCUUUGAUGAAGUUGCGCAAAACAUGGUUGAAUCAUAUACACGACGGUCAUCGUUCGAUGUGCUUGAAGCAUGCUCCAAGUUCAUGGCAGACAUUUCUGAGGAUUCGAUAUCGAUGCAACAGUUUGGGGAGAAGUUUGGUAGAUUGGAGCACCGGCAACUGUCGGCCUUUCACGAAAGAGAGACUUUCAGCCAGUUGAAUGGAGCGUCCAAGGAAGAGAUGGAAGCCGUGAACUCCGUAACAGAGAUAUUCCUCGUGGAGCGCGCAAUGGGGACCUGUAUCUUCCUGAAACGAUGGGAUCAGGCUGAUCAGCUCAUGGAAAUGCUAACAUCGAAACUUGCUGGCUAUGCAACAUCGGUGUAUUGCCCGACGAUCUCAUUGCCCUGGCAGCGUCGAUUAUGGGCUGGCUUAGUCGCAGAGCACAAAGGUCGAUACUACGACGCUCUCAGAUUAUAUUUCCAAAGCUGGUAUUUCGCCACAGUCAAGCGCAUGGACGAUAUGGAUCUCGAGCAGAAGCGCUUCCAGAUGACAUUCUCGGACCGUGCAAGGAUAUAUUCGUGUAUUGCUCGGCUUUGCGUAUAUGUUCGAACUCAGCGGUUUAGCCUGCCCGAGCCGACAAGCACGACUGACCAGGACCUGAGUCUUUUAAGUGCGACUUCGAGUGCGAAUAUCCCCCCCGAGAGCGCAGACGAGACGGCCAUAGAGUGGCUAGAGCUGGGCAAGGCCAGAAACACCAUGGCCUUGCUUGCGCUCUGGAAGAACGACCCGCCGGGAUCCAACCUGAGCAAGUGGCUUGAGCUGAACCGGAGAAUGGCCCUGUGGACAGAGCUUCAAAGCCGGGGCGCCAUGCGAACGCAAGACGAGGAAGCAGAGUUUCUGCAGCUCGAUCAGGAAGCAGUGGAGAUGGAGAGAUUCUUGAUCGAAAAUAUCGGUGUCCUGCCGAGUCAGCGAGCAGACGCGUCCCUUUGGUACAAGUUUCCAACACUUUGCGCCUCUAUUCCCGAUGACACUCUGGUGAUAUACACGGCGAUAUCACAGGACGGCCUGGCCCUCUUUGCCAUUGACAACACCGGCAUUCUCCACCGCUCUUGGAACCCAAGCGUGAGGCCAUUUCAAAUUCGAAAAGCCGUUUCCACCUACCUCGGGCUGAUGAACCAGUAUCAAUGCGGAGCCGACAUCAAUGUCCUCAACUUCCUCAGCGCCUACCUCUCGUCGAUAUUCAUCCAGCCCCUCGCGCGCUUCGUGCUUCAAAAGGAGGUCAUCUUCUUUGUUCCCUCGGGCGAUAUGGCCCGCUUCCCGCUGAACACACUGAUGCUCGACGGCCGCUACCUCUUCCCGUGGAAAAAGGUCUGCCAAGUUCCCAGCCUGUCUCUAUAUCAUCACGCCCGCAGCACCGCAACUCUAGAUGGCGAAUUCGCCGCCUCUGCGAUCGCCCGUCCAGGAAGCCUCCGCGAGGAACUGGAUGGCGGCCUCGCGGCGCUCCCCAUGGGCGCAAUCGAAGCACUACACGCCUCUCUCGUGUGCCGCGCGAGCAUCUUCGACGCCACGACGGUGACGCGGGAUCGAUUCCGGGAGCUCCUACAGACAUCUUCCAUCCUGCACAUCUCGACGCACGGCAAGGUCAACUACGAGCGGCCCGGGCACUCGUGGAUCGCGCUGCAGCAGCCCUUCCGCAUCCUGGACCUGGCCAACGUGCGCGCCAAGGUCAGCGCGGUGGUGUUCAGCGCGUGCUUCAGCGGCGCCGGCAUGGCGCAUUCGAGCGGCGACGUGGUGGGCUUCAGCCACGCCGUCUUGGCCACGGGCACCAAGGCGUACGUCGGCGCGCUGUGGAAGGUCAAAGAGGUGUCGACGCUGAUCCAGAUGUUCCUCUUCUACAUCCGGAUGGUGCGGCAGAGUGACGAGAUUUUCUUGUUCCGCGACGCGUGGCACGAGGCGAACGAGACGGUGUUGUCGUUGGAUCUUCCCAGGGCCGUUGAAUUCUUGCGGUCUAUGGCGGCCGAGUGGGACAUUAUGGAGAGGAAAGGGCUCAAUCCGAACGGAUUCGUCAAGGGAGGGAGGGAGGCCGUCACCGAAUCGAUCGAAGAGUUGGGCUUUGAUGGCGCCGACAUUCUCACCGAAUUUCAGCACCCGUUCAUCUGGGCGGCCUUUAACGUCGUUGGAUUCGCGGACUGGGGCAUUCGGAACAACAUCAACCGGUAUUCGCAACCGGCCGGUGAGCCUUGA